AUGGAGCCCUUUCGACUGCCCCUCGAGAAUGGCGCCGUAACAGGUGCUCACUCAAUCCCACCUGCUUCGUCAUCCCCAAUUCGACACCGGCCCUUGAUCAUAGGCCUACAUGGCGGAUGCUACGAUCACCAGUACUUCGAUGCCGCGCCAAAAUAUUCUGCGUCUUUAGCAAGCGAAGCCCUUGGAGUUCCAUUCAUCACUAUCGAUCGUCCUUCCUACGGUGGCACAAGUUGCGUUCUGCCUAUACCAGAUGGCUCCGACUUCACUCAAGAGAGUGCCAAGCUCAUGCAUCAUUCCAUUCUCCCUCGCCUCUGGAACACAUUCGGUGCAUCGAAUGGCUGCAACUGCAUCGUGCUUCUGUCCCACAGUCUGGGAGUCAUGGUUGGCGUUGCGGUGGCUGCGAUGCAUGCACAAGAUGGUGAUCCUGCUUAUCCUCUCGGAGGUCUUAUUGCAAGCGGCAUGGGCGACGUCCAGACAAAAGCUACGCAGGGCAAUACUCCAUCCUAUCCCAUGGUAGAUGACGAACAUGCUUUGUGUCCAGUACAACUCAAAGAUGCCUUGAUGUUCAAGCCAGGCACCUGCGCGCCGGAAGUUCUGGCCCAAACCGAACGCUUGAACGCAGCCUGUCCCAUCGCCGAAAUUAUUGGUUUCGCAACAGAAUGGUUGCCUGUGUGGAGAGAGCAAUGGGCACCACUUGUAAAAGCACCAGUCAUGUUUGCAUUGGUCGAAGAAGAUCCGUUCUUCGAAGCAGACGAGAAAGAGAUCGCACGUUGUGUAGGCGCGUUCAGGAACAGUGUGCGUGUCGAAGGAAGUCUGCUGCGUGGAGCUCCGCAUUGCAUUGAAUUGAGCUUAUGGGCACAGGGGUGGUAUGCGCGAUGUUUUGGGUUUGCGAUGGAGUGUUCUGCCAGCUUUUCUGUAGCGACUUAG